AUGGGGCUGCUGUCCACCAAGGAGCUUUCCAAAGGCCAAGUCCUGAUCAAACAGCGCCCAAGAUCCUGUUUGGCCACCACUGCGCCCAGUGGGUGCGGCCAGGGCAGGACCUGCAGCCCCUACAUAAGGCAUCCAGGGCUGGCCACUCUGGGGGCGGAGCCGACACAGUCCCGAGGCGCGAGGGGCCGGGUCCAGCGGCGACCUCUCUUCUCCACCGUCAUGCUCGGGCCUCAGCUGCUGCUGCUUCUCUCCUGUGGGGGGGCCCUGCUCGGCGCUGGUCUAAAUGAAACCUCCUCUGUGCACCCAGGCCUCCGGAGGCUGCAGGACUCCCCACCCACAGCUCCAGACAAGGGUCAGUGCUCCACAUGGGGGGCCGGCCACUUCUCCACUUUCGACGGCCAUGUGUAUGACUUCCCGGGAACCUGCAACUACGUCUUUGCAGCCAUCUGCAAGGACGCACCGUCCACCUUCAGUGUCCAGCUACGGCGCGGGCCCAGCGGGAACAUCUCCCGGCUCAUUGUGGAGCUGGGGGCCUCUGUGGUCACCGUGCAGAAGGCAGUCAUCUCCGUGAAGGAUGUGGGGGUCGUCAGCCUGCCCUACUCCAGCAACGGGCUCCAGAUCACACCCUUUGGCCAGAGUGUGCAGCUGGUGGCCAAGCAGCUAGAGCUGGAGCUGGUGGUCAUGUGGGGCCCGGGCAGUCACCUGCUGGUGCUCGUGGAGAAACGGCACAUGGGCAAGCUGUGUGGUCUCUGUGGGGACUUCAAUGGCAAGCAGACCGACGAGUUCCUGAGCGAGGAAGGCAAACUGCUGGAGCCGCACAUGUACGCUGCCCUCCAGACGCUGGAUGACCCCAGGGAGAUCUGCACAUACACGCCCGUCACCAGCCCCCAGGUCCCACAGGCAGAGCACGCCCAGACUUGCACCGAGCUGCUGACCCGGGUGGCCCCCGAGUGCAACGUGCCCAGAGAGCCAUUCAUGCUGAGCUGCCAGGCGGACAUGGCCGAGUGUGUCCUGCCAGGCCAGUGGAACUGCAGCUGUGCCACGCUGUCCGAGUACUCGCGCCGGUGCCGUGUGGCUGGCCAGGCUGUCAGGAGCUGGCGCGGCCCUGGCCUCUGCUCUGUGGGCCCAUGCCCGGCCAACCAGGUGUACCAGGAAUGCGGCGAGCCCUGCAUCAAGACCUGCUCCAACCCACAGCACACCUGCUCCAGCUUCUGCACCUUCGGCUGCUUCUGUCCCGAAGGGAUGGUUCUUGAUGAUGUCUCCAAAAACCACACCUGCGUGCCCAUCACCCAGUGCCCCUGUAUGCUCAACGGGGUGGUCUACGCCCCCGGGGAGGUCGUGACAGCUGCCUGCCAGACCUGCCACUGCACCACGGGCCGCUGGACGUGCACAGAGCAGCCCUGCCCCCGGCACUGCUCCCUACAAGGCAGCUCCUUCGUCACCACGUUCGACGCCCGGCCCUACCGCUUCCAUGGCGCCUGCACCUACACCCUCCUCCAGAGCCCACAGCUCCCCGACGGGGGCUCCCUCGUGGCCUCAUACGACAAGUCUGGGUACUCUCCCUCGGAGACGGCCCUAGCUGCCGUCAUCUACAUGUCCAGAGAGGACAAAAUCGUGAUUUCUCGGGACGAGGUCCUCACCAACAACGGGAACACCAAGUGGCUACCGUACAAGACUCGCAACAUCACAGUCUUCAGGCAGACGUCCACCCACCUCCAGAUGACCACCACCUUCGGCCUGGAGCUCGUGAUCCAGCUAGAGCCCGUGUUCCAGGUGUAUGUCACUGUCGGGCCCCAGUUCAGAGGCCAGACCAGAGGGCUCUGUGGCACCUUCAAUGGGGACACGACGGAUGACUUCAUGGCCAGCACGGGCAUCGUGGAGGGCACCGCCUCGCUCUUCGUGGACUCCUGGCGGACGGGGAACUGCCCGGCCUCAUUGGAGCGCGAGACAGACCCCUGCUCCAUGAGCCAGCUCAACAAGGUGUGUGCAGAGACCCACUGCUCAGUGCUGGUGAGGGACGGCACAGUGUUCGAGAGGUGCCACGCCACGGUGAACCCCAGGCCCUUCUACAAGAGGUGCGUGUACCAGGCCUGCAACUAUGAGGAGACCCUCCCACACGUGUGCGCCGCCCUGAGUGACUACGCCCGCACGUGCGCUGCCCACGGCAUCCCGCUGAGGGGCUGGAGGAGCAGCGUGGACAACUGCACCACCCCCUGCAUGGGCAACCAGACGUUCGGCUAUGACAUCCGGGCCUGCGGCCGCACGUGCCUGUCACUGUCUGACCGCGCCGCCGAGUGCCAUCCGAGUGCCGUGCCCGUGGACGGCUGCAACUGCCCCGAGGGCACCUACCUCAACCACAAGGCCCAGUGCGUGCGCAAGGCCCAGUGCCCCUGCCUCCUGGACAGCAGCAAGUACCUCCUGGCUGACCAGUCCGCCAUGGUCCACGGCGUCAUCUGCCAGUGCGUCCACGGCAGGCUGCGCUGCCCGGGGCGCCCACAGAUGCUCCUGGCAAACUGCUCGGCCCCCAAGACCUUCCAGGCCUGUGGCGAGUCCUCGGAGAACACAUUUGGGGCGGCCUGUGCCCCCACAUGUCAAAUGCUGGCCACCGGCACCCCCUGCGUACCCACCAAGUGCGAGCCUGGCUGUGUCUGUGCCAAGGGGCUCUACGAGAACGCCCCCGGGCAGUGCGUACCCCCCGAGGAAUGUCCGUGCGAGUUUGCGGGGGUCUCCUACCCCCGGGGCGCCCAGCUCCACACCGACUGUAAGACAUGCACCUGCUCCAGGGGGAAAUGGGUCUGCUGGCAGAGCACCCGCUGCUCAUCCACCUGCACCCUCUACGGGGAGGGCCACGUGGUCACCUUCGACGGUCAGCGCUUCAUGUUCGACGGCAGCUGUGGGUACAUCCUGACCACGGACGGCUGCGGGGCCAACAACUCGCAGCCCACCUUCAAGGUCCUGACGGAGAACGUUGUGUGUGGCAAGUCAGGCGUCACCUGCUCCCGGGCCAUCAAGAUCUUCCUGGGGGGCCUGUCCGUCGUGCUGGCGGACAGGAACUACACGGUCCGCGGGGAGGACCCCCAUGUGCGCCUGCGGGUCAACACCGGGUCCCUGAACCUGGUGCUGGACGUCGCCAUCGGCAACAGGUACAACAUGACCCUCGUCUGGAACAAGCGCAUGACUGUCUUCAUCAGGAUUACGCGUACCACCCAGGAUGCGCUGUGCGGCUUGUGUGGUAACUACAACGGGAACAUGAAGGACGACUUUGAGACACGCAGCAACUACGUGGCAUCCAGUGAGCUGGAAUUCGUGAACUCGUGGAAGGACAGCCCGCUGUGCGGGGACACCAGCCUCGCGCUGGACCCCUGCAGCCUCAACACGUUCCGCCGCAGCUGGGCAGAGCGCAAGUGCAGCAUCAUCAACAGCCCCACCUUCGCCGCCUGCCACAGCCAGGUGUACCGCCUGCCCUACUACGAGGCCUGUGUGCAAGACGCGUGUGGCUGUGACACACGCGGGGACUGCGAGUGCCUCUGUGACGCGGUGGCCGCCUACGCCAAGGCCUGCCUGGACAAGGGCGUGUGCGUGGACUGGAGGACGCCGGACUUCUGCCCCGUCUACUGUGACUUCUACAACACCCACGCGCAGGGGGACGGCGCAUACCGGUACGGCCAGGAGGCCAACUGCACGUGGCACUACCAGCCGUGCCUCUGCCCUGAGCACCCACAGAGCCUCCCAGACACCAAUACCGAAGGCUGCUACAACUGCUCCCAGCACGAGUACUUCGACCACAACACGGGGAGCUGCGUUCCUUGCGUGUCGCCGCCCACCACGCCAAGGCCCACCACAGCACCGGGUGUGGGCUGGGGCGGACACCGAGCCUGGGCUGCCCCUGGGGCCACUCUGCACGGAGGGAGCAGCAGACUCACCGCGAACCCUCUCUGCCAUCGCCACACGGGCCACUUCGGCACCAGCCCCAACGGCCACUCUCAAGUCCACGGCCACAGGACCCACAGCGACACAGGCCACAACGAACUCCACAGCAUCCACACGCAGCUCAGCAGCACAAUCCACAGCUCAGUCCACAGAGCACAGCACAGCAUUACCACAGACCCCAGGAACUUCAGAAACGUAUACAGGACCCCCACCAAGACAGGUCCCGCCACGGGGACCUCCUUCCGCACGACCACCGCCUUGCCCAACCCAUCGAGCCCCGAGUCCACCGUCUCCAUGCACGUUGCCCCCUCUACCACGUCCUCCGUGACCCCCACUACCCACCGAGUCAUCACCCCAUCACAACCGGAGACCCCUUCUUCCCCCUCCACUGCCAGGCAAACGGGCCCCUCCUCUCCUCCUCCACAUGGCCCCACCACAGGGACACAGCCCACGCACACGACCCCGCCACUCACUCGGACCACGCACACCCCUAGCUCGCUCAGCACAGCCAAAACCUCCACCUCCAGACAGUCUUACACUUCUGAACCCAUCCAUCACGAAACCUCAAGCGCCCCCACACCCUCCGUCUCCCACGAGCCACCUGCUACGGGGACCCUGACCUCCGUGACGCACACCGCCACGGCCACGGCCACCAGCAGCGAGCGACACACGCCGCUCACCUCUCACUCCACGUCCACGCCAGCUGUCUCCAGCACGGCCCACACGACAGGUCCCCCCAUGGGGACCUCCUUCCGGACGACCACCGCCUUGCCCAACCCAUCGCGCCCCGAGACCACCGUCUCCAUGCACGUUGCCCCCUCUACCACGUCCUCCGUGACUCCUACCACCCACCGAGUCAUCAGCCCAUCACAACCAGAGACCCCUUCUUCCCCCUCCACUGCCAGGCAAACGGGCCCCUCCUCUCCUUCUCCACACGGCCCCACCACAGGGACACAGCCCAAGCACACGACCCCGCCACUCACUCGGACCACGCACACCCCUAGCUCGCUCAGCACAGCCAAAACCUCCACCUCCAGACAGUCUUACACUUCUGAACCCAUCCAUCACGAAACCUCAAGCGCCCCCACACCCUCCAUCUCCCACGAGCCACCUGCUACGGGGACCCUGACCUCCGUGACGCACACCGCCACGGCCACGGCCACCAGCAGCGAGCGACACACGCCGCUCACCUCUCACUCCACGUCCACGCCAGCUGUCUCCAGCACGGCCCACACGACAGGUCCCCCCACGGGGACCUCCUUCCGCACGACCACUGCCUUGCCCAACCCAUCGCGCCCCGAGUCCACCGUCUCCAUGCACGUUGCCCCCUCAACCACGUCCUCCGUGACUCCCACUACCCACCGACUCAUCACCCCAUCACACCUGGGAACCCCUUCUUCCCCCUCCACUGCCAGGCACACAGGCCCCUCCUCUCCUUUUCCACACGGCCCCACCACAGGGACACAGCCCACGCACACGACCCCGCCACUCACUCGGACCACGCACACCCCUAGCUCGCUCAGCACAGCCAAAACCUCCACCUCCAGACAGUCUUACACUUCUGAACCCAUCCAUCACGAAAGCUCAAGCGCCCCCACACCCUCCAUCUCCCCCGAGCCACCUGCUACGGGGACCCUGACCUCCAAGAUGCACACCGCCACGGCCACCAGCAGCGAGCGACACACGCCGCUCACCUCUCACUCCACGUCCACGCCAGCUGUCUCCAGCACGGCCCACACGACAGGUCCCCCCACGGGGACCUCCUUCCGCACGACCACCGCCUUUCCCAUUCCAUCGCGCCCCGAGACCACUGUCUCCAUGCACGUUGCCCCCUCGACCACGUCCUCCGUGACUCCCACUACCCACCGAGUCAUCACCCCACCACAACCGGAGACCCCUUCUUCCCCCUCCACUGCCAGGCAAACGGGCCCCUCCUCUCCUCCUCCACAUGGCCCCACCACAGGGACACAGCCCACGCACACGACCCCGCCACUCACUCGGACCACGCACACCCCUAGCUCGCUCAGCACAGCCAAAACCUCCACCUCCAGACAGUCUUACACUUCUGAACCCAUCCAUCACGAAACCUCAAGCGCCCCCACACCCUCCGUCUCCCACGAGCCACCUGCUACGGGGACCCUGACCUCCGUGACGCACACCGCCACGGCCACGGCCACCAGCAGCGAGCGACACACGCCGCUCACCUCUCACUCCACGUCCACGCCAGCUGUCUCCAGCACGGCCCACACGACAGGUCCCCCCAUGGGGACCUCCUUCCGGACGACCACCGCCUUGCCCAACCCAUCGCGCCCCGAGACCACCGUCUCCAUGCACGUUGCCCCCUCUACCACGUCCUCCGUGACUCCUACCACCCACCGAGUCAUCAGCCCAUCACAACCAGAGACCCCUUCUUCCCCCUCCACUGCCAGGCAAACGGGCCCCUCCUCUCCUUCUCCACACGGCCCCACCACAGGGACAGAGCCCACGCACACGACCCCGCCACUCACUUGGACCACGCACACCCCUAGCUCGCUCAGCACAGCCAAAACCUCCACCUCCAGACAGUCUUACACUUCUGAACCCAUCCAUCACGAAACCUCAAGCGCCCCCACACCCUCCGUCUCCCACGAGCCACCUGCUACGGGGACCCUGACCUCCGUGACGCACACCGCCACGGCCACGGCCACCAGCAGCGAGCGACACACGCCGCUCACCUCUCACUCCACGUCCACGCCAGCUGUCUCCAGCACGGCCCACACGACAGGUCCCCCCACGGAGACCUCCUUCCGCACGACCACUGCCUUGCCCAACCCAUCGCGCCCCGAGUCCACCGUCUCCAUGCACGUUGCCCCCUCUACCACGUCCUCCCACUGGACAAUCUAUUACCACUGGAGUGCCAACCACCGUGAUCCUGGCCAGCUCGACCUCUGUCCAUGGAAGCUCAUCCCUUCGUGCCACAGGGACCUUGUCUACUGGGGCACCAUCCAUCUCCUCUCUGGUGACACCUUCGCCCAGCUCUCCAGCAUCCUUCAGCUGUGCAUCUUUCUGGAGAGCCCGUGGCCUACUCCCACAGAGUCCCUGCCUUUCAUUGUCCUCACACCGCCCGAUGACUUCUGCGCUGUGCUGUUGCCUCUCAGCGCGUUCCCCACUCUGCCGGCCUCCCAGCCCAACAUGCACACUGCUGACGGGGGCUCACUGGUCGUCAUGCAGUGGGUCUGCGACGUGAAGGAGCUUGAGGAGGAGGUCACGUACCGAGGGUGCACUGCCAACGUGACAGUGACCCGCUGCGAGGGCUUCUGUCCCUCCUCGGCCAGCUUCAACACCCACACGAAUCAGGUGGACACCCACUGCAGCUGCUGCCACCCACUCAGCUCCUACCAGAAGCAGUUUGUGCUACCCUGCUCAGACCCUGAAGCGCAGGGCCAGCAGCUGGUGCUCACGCUACAGAUGCUCAGCAGCUGUGCAUGCAGCCCACAGCGCUGUGGGGACUAG